AUGGCUGAGAAAAUGUCUAAGAAUCCAUCCGAGCACUUGGGUUAUCAUUCUUCGGAGAUAGCGACUUCGCUUUCUUCCGAGCCGAAUGCUUCAUCUGAAGAUCAAGAACCCCCGCCGUAUUCAGCGCGUGAGCCCGCUGAAAGCUCAGCAGUUUUCGAACGAAAUUAUUCAAGGGCUCGGGAGGCUGGGUUUUCUGAAGCUUCACAAGUCGCCACACAACAGGGCUCAUCAUCAACGCCAGCGACGGCAUCUUCAAGUCAAGGCCGGCCAAUCGCCAUCCCAGCCAUCGACUCCGCUCGCGAGUCUCCUUUUCUCCGCUCCUAUGCGCCCUUGUUGAACCAGCAUAAUAUCCCCAAGGAUAAAUUUCUCACUUUCUUGGAUGAGCUCAACGAUGUAAUGACCACCAGCCCGCCGAUGCAGGUGCUAGAUGCAACAGGCGGCAUCCUCAAGUCCGUUCCCAUCUUGUUUCCGCUCCACUGGAUUGGCUCUGUAGUCAGCGGGCUGGCGAAUCUUGGCGGACAAGGGAUCUCAAAAAGCCGAUCCGACUCAACCAUUCGCCAAGCCAACAAGGAUAUUUUUAUGCCUCACGGGCUGAAAGCCCAGAUUGCCAAGCUAGACGCGCUGGCCCAUAUCGCAAAGAUUCCCAUCCUGGAUUCCCAGGGCAAAGUGAACAAAAAGGCACCUCUUGUUCGAAAGCUAAGUGAGCUGUCUACCGCUCCAGUGGAUGAGUCACAGGAGCUCGAUUUGCAGCAACGUCGGAUUCGAGUUCUGCAGCCAUGGAUUGCGGAGCUUGAAUUGUAUAUAAAGCCCUGGACUUCCAAGUCGAGGCUUACCCGCUUCAACGCGGCCUUGAGAAAGAGGAAUGAUGCGAGGGAUCAGGAUCCUGAGUCUAGUGAAAGACCUGACGCAGAGGAGGAAGACACGGGGUUCCGCAAGAGUCUCUGGCUUAUCAUCAGGAAGGCGGAAGAUGAGAAUUGA